CAAAACAAAUGGCAAAUAAGGAAGAGUAGACACCAUUUCCUCCCUCUUCCCCUUCUUCUCUCUCUUGUGUCUUGUCAUCAAGCCUUGUUUUUCACUCAUCCAUCUCUUCUUCUCCACCCAAAGCCAACCCAAACUCUCUCUCUCCCUCUCAUUCUCUCUCUUUGUCUCUGUUCCUCUUCUGUGUGUGUGUGAUAGAGAGAGAUAGAGAGAGAGAGAGGAGGUUAGUUGUGAGCUUGAAGCUCUCCAUGUCAAUGGAGAUCAGUCCCACAAGAGCACAAGACAUGAGAGACACCACCCACCACCACCAUCACCACCACCACCUUCACCCCAAUUCUCCCUUGAACUCCCCUAAAGGCAACAACAUUAAUGGAGAAGCUGGAGGAGGAGGAGGAGUAAUACAUAACUCCGCCGCCAACACCGGCGGCGGAAUUGUUAUGGACAUCCCGGCGGGGACUCCCCUCACCCCGAAAUCGAUCUCUAGAUCUGAGCCGAACCCUUACCCGACCACCUUCGUCCAGGCCGACACCUCCAACUUCAAGCAAGUCGUCCAAAUGCUCACCGGCUCCUCCGAGACCGUCACCAAGAAGCAGCAGCAGCAGUCGAAGCAGCCUUCCCACCACCAAUCGGACUCGUCGUCCCAAUUACCGUCAUCAAAGAGCGUGAUCCCGCCGAUACGGGCCCCGCCCAAGAGGAGCCAGCAGCAGCAGGGUUUCAAGCUCUACGAGAGGAGGAACCACAGCCACCUCAAGAACAGCCUCAUCAUCAACACCCUAGUCCCCGGCCUCGGCGGCGUCCCCCCCGGCGGCGGGUUCUCCCCGAGGAACAACAAGCCGGCCGAGAUCCUGUCCCCGAGCAUGCUCGACUUCCCCAAGCUCGCCCUCAGCCCCGUCACCCCGCUAGUCGACCCGUUCAACAACAAUUCCUCAGGCUCCGGCUCCUCGCCUUCCCUCUGCAGCUCCUCCUCCUCAUCCUCCGAGGAGGAACGGGCCAUCGCCGAGAAAGGGUUCUACUUGCACCCGUCCCCGAUGAACACUCCCAGGGGGGCCGAGCCUCAGCUGUUACCGCUAUUCCCGGUCACUUCUCCCCGUGUCUCCGGCGCCUCUUCAUGAAAAAAAUGAGCGCUAGGGGUUAUUUAUUAUGGAUAUUAAUCAUCAGGUGCUCGUACUCCCAGUCCUGACUCUCGGCACAGCAGGUCACCCGUGUCGCCUAGUCUAUCUAAAUUAGUUCGUCGUAUGUACCAAUUUGGGAUCGGGAAUAACCACCGGAUUAGAUGGAUAUAGAAUGACUGAUGAUGUGUAGGGGUAUCUAAUAAUUUUCGGCGACCGGCGAGCACGGAUCAAUUGAGGGGAGAGUUAAUUCGAUCGAUGCGAGUGAUUUGCUCCAAAAUUGUACACAGAAUUUGAUGGUGUUGGUGGUCUCUCCAAUUUCUUCUGUGCCAAGAAAGGAGGAGAGAGUCUUUUUUUUUUUUUUUGCUUGAUUAUGGACGGACGGACGGACGGACGGAUGGAUGGGUGUUUCCUUAGUUUUUGGCCUUUUGGAAUCGCAAAGUCCUAACUGCCAUAAUAAGCAAAACAUUUCAGUGGGGGAAGCAAAGAAGGCCUUCUCCCGUUUAUAUUUUUUCACCUUUCAAAUUUCUCCAUUCCACCUUCUCUUUUUCCCUAAUUUUCAAUUUUACACCUUUUCUUGCUCUUUUUAGGUAAAUCUGGAACUCCCUUUAAUCUUUGUAAAUUUAAUUUUCUUUACUAAUUUAAUUUGAGACAUUUUUCUUUUUUA